UUCAAGCUCUAAAAGCGCACCUUCUAUAUGAAAACAGCUGAUUCCGUUUCAACGUAAAUCACUACACAGUUUUAAAGUCUGCGCAUUUUGGCUCAAAAAGCGGAGCAUUUGAAAUCAUUCUUUAUCAAACUUGGGUAAACUUACUUUGGGUGAAAACAGACAACAUGAAAGGACAAAUAUUUGUUUAAAUAAUCAAAUAAAGAUCACUCAUCGCUCCAAAACUUCGAUGCAACUUCUUGAUUCUUGUUCUUUGUUUGGCACCCUUUGUUUGUGGUCAAAUCAUUAGUCGAAAUAGUGUUAUUUGAUUAAAGUUAUCAAAAACUUACCAAUUAUGCUUUACUCUCCGCCCAUAAAACUCUACCAACAGACUAUUUUUCCAGCUAUCAGACAAUCACAUGCAUUUAUAGCCUUAUCAGUUUGUUUAGUGUUGACAUCCAUGCUUCUGAUAAAUGACGCGUUGGAGAAAAAUCAACCCUUUCAGUAUUUGCCCAACUUAAACCCAAACAGAUCUGCUCAUGACUUCGACCCUAUUCCAACACGGAUCAAAAAAUUUGCCCGAUCGUAUUAUAAAUGCGACAAAAACAUCACAUUGUCGAAAUUUACUCACGAAGACUCGGAGUCCAACCAGUUAUUUUUUCUAGAAACUUCUGGAAGGACUUUCAUAAAAGGGCGUCAAAUGUGUUCAAUUGAAUCUGCUGCGUUAAUGUCGGAAUUGAAGCUAAAAAUAAUUUUGAAAUCGCCAGUUUUGGACUUGUCGAAAAGUCGGAGUUUGUGCCAUAUUUUCUACUCUUACGACAAUGUCGGUUUUUACGCACUGGAUUUCAAGGGUUUGCUUCGUGACACGCCAGCGGAAGGCUUGGAGGAGCGCGUAGCACGAGUGGUUGGCCAUCAGAUGGUGCACACAAGUGACAUAGCCAGACUGGCUCUGGCUUACAAGUACGGGGGAUUCUACCUCGAUCUGGACAUCAUAGUGCUCAGGAGCCUCAAAGAGUUGCACAACUUCCUCAUUCUGGAAAAUGGAAAACCCAGCAUAACUAUGUCUGAAUCAGACAAGAGCUGUCAUCUACCCUCUAGACGACAGAGGGGCCAGAAGUUGAACAACGGCCAGAUGCACUUCUCAGCCGGACACCCCUUCACCCGAUACAUGCUUAUGUAUUUGAACCAGACCUACGAUCCGGAUCUGAACUGGAGGUUCCAGGCUGGACCACAAGUAUGCACUGCUGUGGUCAAGGAGAUGUAUGGACUGGCUGAAGUGGUCAACAUGCAAAUUGAGUCUUCAGAAGACCGAAGUUUCAACAUCCUUCCUGACUUCACCUUCAUGCCAGCUUCCUUCAGCCGGAUCAAAGAGCUACUCUGGCCCAGACAACCCAAAAGUACAGAAGAGUGGAAUGAUUUGUUCAGAUGCAGCUACGCUGUACACUACCACUCACAUGUGUUCGGAAGCAUCAAAGCCACAGGGGAUCCGGAGAAAGACUUCCUGUCGUUUCUGGCUCCCAAUUUGUGUCCUAUUUCAUACCAAAAUGUAGACGAAGUUUGAAGUACGAAGAAUUAUCUUAGAGCUGUUCGAGUUAUUUGUUUUAUUGUGUAUUAAAUUUAUUUGUUUAACUUGCUUUGA